AUGAGAACUAGAAGUGGAACCGAUACCCACAAGGACAACACCACCUCUCCAAAGCCUCGAGGUCAGAAGAGACAAUCUAGCAACACAGACUCGGCACCAGGACCAAAGGCCAAGCAGGCAAAAAACACCAAGAAAUCCAAUGCGGAUGCCUCACCGUCGACGCCUGAGAAAGACAAGCCAACGCUCACAGAGAAGGAUCUUGAAUUUGACUUUGACCACUCUCAAAUCCGAGAUCCCCGAGCAACCCCAGGUCGCGUCAAGCGUCCACGCUAUGAAGAACGCGAGUUGAGCGAAGAGUUUCUAUCAAAGUUCCAUAUCCCCAAGUCAAGGAACAAGCACACAGACCCAUUAUACAGUUUCUACGAUCUACACAAGUGUCACAAGAAAGGCCCUAAUGGCUCUCCGACAUACGACAGCGCGGGCUUCCAGCUUGACUACAAGAAGGUCGAGAAGUGGAUGAAGCCAGUGGCCUAUAACAAGAAGUCUAUAGUAAAUGGCAUGGAGAGAAGACUCAAGAAGGUUGAGGAAGAGAGAGAGGUAGCGUACAAGGCCUUUUUCGUGGAUGGUAAGGGUCCUGAGAACGACAAGGGGGCUGAUACCAUGAUCAUGGACCAGAUCAAGGAUCAGGUAUCUAAGGAUCCGGGCGUACCUUGGCAUCAAAUCGAUUCGAAGCAGAUGAAGAAGUGGGAGGAGAAGGGGUUUGAGAAGGUCAAGGCGGAUGAGUGGUGGUCUAGGCCGAACGAGGUUGAGAGGAACAGAUUUACGAAGAUGCUUGGCGGUGCGUCUCUGCGUAAGAAUUUGUAA